UUUAACCUUUUUGUUGUGACCACGCCCCUUCCGCCUGACACUAUAAGUCCCGCGGAUGCCCCGCCCCUUGUCAGUCGAAGUGAGAUGUGGAGUACAGUGGACUACUGCGUCUAAUAUCCAAAGAUCCGGUGGACCGAGGCGAAUGGACGUAUUUCUCCCAUCAUUCACGCACAGAUUUCUUCAUUAUUUUGCGCAUCGAAAGCAUUCAAAAUGCCUUUUCCGCCGAUAAACCUGCACUCAAGGAUAUCAUCGCCAAGAAAUGAGCUGUUCAGGAGAAAGAAGAGCAGGGACAAUGUCGCACCUCCUCAACCCACUUACAGUCAAAGGACAGGAGACGACAAGGGAUCGGAGAAAGAGAAAAUAUCCACAUCGUGGCCGUCGGCCAAUGUAAAGCUGGCGCGAAGUAAGCCGAGCAGAGUCCCUCGAGAUCCCGACACGGACAGCAAACAUUCAUGGUUGAGCGUCCCCAAACCCUUGGCUACCUCAUGCGAAAGCGUCCCACGCUCCAGUUCUGGAGAGUCCAGCCAUAAAUACGCCUCCAGGACCUCUAUAGCAAAAGAAGGUGGCGAGCAAGAGAUCCACUUCUCCCUCAGCCUGACCCCCGAAGCCAUUCUGGUCAUCCAAAAGCGCAAUCUGGAAAAGCAAAUGAUGGCCAGGCAACAGAAGUGCUGCGCGUCCGCGGACUUGAGACACCGGCGCGUUUUCCCAUCCAAGAGAGCUCAGGGCAGCUCUAAUAAUAAGAGCUCAGGACCUGUUGCCAAACUGGACGCUUCCAAUGACAUAAGCACCAUUGUGAAGAUCUCUCUCCUCAAUGAUCAGUACAAAUAUGAUGAUGUUGAGUAUGAGGAGGAGGACGGAGACGUGGACGAGACUGUCAUGAGGAAAUGUAAAGAGUGGCUCAAAGGCGUGGAAAGCGCUGCUGCUUUUGGGAAAGUUGAUAAACUGUCAUCUUUGCCUCAUCUUAAAAGUUGAUGACCCCAAAAUUAGCCUACACAAAAGAAAGGUCCACUGUGAAGACUUCAGUCCACUAGUUAUGUGUCAAACUCAAAAGCCACCUAAUUUGCUUUUAGAAAUAAUGUUGUCUGAGGGGCAUUCACACAGGACGCGUUCUUGCGUUGAAAACAGCGGGACAGAGCGCAAUGGUAUUGAAGAUACGCGUUUGUUAAUAAGUUGAACUAUUAUUAAUUGGACACGCCGCCUAAGUGACCGUUUGACGUGUAAAACAAACAACACAAACGGAACGGAGGAAGGCGCACAAUAUGGCGCGUGACUGGGCCUGGACAACUUAAAACUUGGCACGAAAAAAGAAUCAAAUGCGUCGCAUUGUUUACAUCGACCAACAUUGAAAAUAGAGAAGAUGUAAUGCAACAAGGCAUCGUAUAUGAACGUUGCAAUUCACGCAGGACAUGUAGCUAGUCGGGUUCAUAAACGCUCUCCUAAAUUUAGCCUACUGGAAUUGAUUUUUUUUUAACUUGACUCACCAUUUAAACGUGCUUGCGUAAAAACGUCCACAUAACGCAACAAUGAACGCAAGAACGCGUCCUAUAUUCGCACACAAACUCAGCUUUCUUAAUGGACUGACGGGAAUGUCUGAAUGUUUUCUGCAUUGAGAUGUAUUGCUGAUCAUCACUCAGAGAAAUUUUUUGCUGGUUACCUUUACACAAUGACUGGGAAACUGUAGUGUUUUUUGCACAUUACUAUUGUUUUCACUUUGAUGGGCUGAACGACAGAUGUGUGUUUCAAACUGGAAGUAUAUUGAAGCGAUUGACGACCCGUGAAAUGCAUCCAGAGGCCACGGUCCUUCCUUUGUGCCAGAAAACAAUAGCUGUCGAAGACGACACUGACUGAGAGACUUAAUAGACACUUAAUAUCUGACACUUGUUAAAAAAGUGUGUAAUAUGAACUGAAGGACUGUUUGAUUGACGAACCAGCCGUGUACAGUAUUUAUUUUGCAAUGUGGUGUUUAUAUGCUGUGUUGUUCCAAGUCAUUUUUAAGGCUUCUGAUAAUAAAAUCAAAAAGACAUGUU